GCCUAGAACUGUCAUCCGGUUGUGCACCUAUCACCAUGGUUGACACUCACAGUGGGAAGAGCACCACGCCCUACAGUAAGGCUCAAGAAGAGCAAACCGUCGCCAUCCUGAGAGAGAGGAGAGAGAAGAAGGAACUCCUUAGACAGGCGAAGAUGAAGAUGAUAGCAGAGAAGCAGGCGACAAAGAAAAAGAAGCCGGAGGAGGAGAUGAAAAGGUUGCAGCAAGAAGAGGAGGAGAGAAUGAGGGCUGCAGUAGAGGAAGAGGUUGAAGAGGAGGAGGAGCAGCCGAAAGAAGAGCCCCUCAGAAGAAGAAGAUUGGGGGAAGGAGUAAAGAGCAGUGGCACGAAGGAAGAUGACCCGUGGGUGGAGAAGAAGAUAAGUGAGUGGGUGGCUAAUUUAUUGCUGGGAGAAGAUGAAGGGGCAAUGUUAUAUAUAUCUCAGGAGGAGAAGGAAGCAGCAAUCAAGGAGAUCGAGGCGACGAGUGAUCCCCUAGAACGCCAGGCUAUAGAGAAUGAGAAGAGGUUGGACUGGAAGUUACGCCUAGCGAGAGAGAAGAAGAGGAGGAUGGAGGAAGCCAACCGGAUGGCUAGAGAAGUGGAGAGUUUACAAACAUCUAGACAGGAAGUAGAGGCCCAGCCUGAUAUCCUGGCCAAGUUUGACAAGAUCCUUGGGAGCAUCGAGCUCUUAGGCAGGGCCUGGACCGAGCACCAUCAGUCUGUAAGGGGCCAAGACAUGGCCCUCCACUCCAUCCGGUCUGGUUUCGAGGACUUCGCGCGCGAUGUAAUGACCCACGUCGGGACCGAAGUCAGAAAGUUAAGAAGCGCAGAGAAAUUCUGUGCAGGCGCCAUCGAAGGCGCCAGAGUAGUGGCCGCUGCAAAGAGUGAAGGGCAUCCCUACAAAGAGUCUGUCAAGCUCAAGUUUCCUGACUCUUAUGGCGGGAAAAAAGACGAAAAMUUUGAUAACUAGGAGGCUAGUAUUGACACAUACGUGUACUUGCAACUUACAGCACCAGAGGAACAAGUCCUCGUGGCUUUCCAUGCAUUACGAGAC